GUAUCAAGACCUUGAGAAUAAAAUACACAUGGCACAGAUCGUAACAUUUUUUCAGAUGCUGUUAGCUCUGCUACUUCAUGAKUACAUCACAGCUGAAGAUGGGGAAACACGAGCAAGUUGCAGAACUGCUCCAGCAGAUUUAGUUUUUAUCCUGGAUGGCUCUUACAGUGUUGGCCCAGAAAACUUUGAAAUAAUCAAAAGUUGGCUUGUCAAUAUAACAAGAAAUUUUGACAUAGGGCCAAAGUUUAUUCAAGUUGGAGUUGUCCAGUACAGUGAUUACCCUGUGCUUGAAAUUCCUCUUGGAAUUCAUGAAUCCACUGAGAACCUCAUCAGGGAAAUGGAGUCCAUACACUACCUGGGAGGAAAUACAAGGACAGGAAGAGCUAUUCAGUUUGCCUUUGACCACCUUUUUGCAAAAUCUUCAAGAUUUUUAACAAAGAUAGCAGUUGUUCUCACUGAUGGAAAGUCCCAAGAUGAAGUCAAAGAUGUAGCAGCAGAAGCAAGAAAAAAUAAGAUCACUUUGUUUGCUAUUGGUGUUGGCUCAGAAAUUGAGGAAGAUGAACUUAAAGCUAUUGCCAAUAAACCUUCAUCAACUUAUGUAUUUUAUGUUGAAGACUAUAUUGCAAUAUCAAGGAUUAAAGAAGUUAUAAAACAGAAACUCUGUGAAGAAUCUGUUUGUCCGACAAGAAUUCCAGUGGCAGCUCGAGAUGAGAAAGGAUUUGACAUUCUUGURGGAUUAGGUGUGAAGAAAAAGGUUAAAAAGAGAAUUCAAAUACCGACCACUAAYGCUAAAGCUUAUGAAGUAACCUCACGUGUUGACCUCUCAGAAUUAACAAGGAAUGUGUUUCCAGAAGGUCUCCCUCCAUCCUAUGUGUUUGUUUCCACUCAAAGAUUUAAAGUAAAAAAGACAUGGGAUUUAUGGAGAAUUCUGAGUUUAGAUAAGAGACCACAGAUAGCAGUUACUAUUAAUGGAGAAGAUAAAACAUUAUCGUUCACUACAACAAGUUUAAUAAAUGGUACACAAGUUAUUACUUUUGCUGCACCUCAUGUAAAGACCUUGUUUGAUGAAGGCUGGCAUCAAAUUCGUCUCUUAGUUACAGAAGACUCUGUAACUUUCUAUAUAGAUGGCCAAGAAAUUGAAACGAAGCCAUUACAUCCUGUUUUAGGUAUUUACAUCAGUGGCGUAACCCAAAUAGGAAAGUAUUCUGGAAAGGAGGAAACAGUACAGUUUGAGUUACAAAAACUGCGAAUCUACUGUGACCCAGAGCAAAAUAACCGAGAAACAGUCUGUGAGAUACCAGGAUUUAAUGGAGAGUGCAUGAAUGGUCCCAGUGAUGUUGGCUCAACUCCUGCUCCCUGCAUAUGCCCACCAGGAAAGCAAGGACCUCCAGGCCCCAAAGGUGACCCUGGGCAGCCUGGGAAUCAUGGUUAUCCUGGCCUGCCUGGUCCAGAUGGUAAGCCUGGAUACCAGGGAUCAGUAGGAACUCCAGGUAUCCCAGGAACUCCAGGGAUUCAAGGACCUCGUGGCUUGCCAGGUAUCAAGGGAGAACCAGGAAAAGAUGGGGAAAAGGGUGACAGUGGACUGCCUGGUUUUCCUGGAUUACAUGGGAUGCCAGCACCAAAGGGAGAAAGGGGUCCUAAAGGAGAUCAAGGAGUGCCAGGAAUAUAUGGAAAAAAGGGUUCAAAAGGAGAGAAGGGUGAUACAGGGUUUCCAGGAAUGCCUGGACGAUCUGGAGACCCUGGCAGAAAUGGCAAAGAUGGAUUACCAGGCAGUCCUGGCUUCAAGGGAGAAGUUGGGCAGCCUGGAUCUCCAGGCCUAGAAGGACAUCGAGGAGAGCCUGGAAUUCCUGGAAUCCCUGGAAAUCAAGGMGCAAAAGGACAAAAGGGUGAAAUUGGACCACCAGGUCAACCAGGAGCGAAAGGGUCACCAGGAGAUACUGGUUUGAUGGGACCAGAAGGCUCACUUGGUCUACCUGGAGSUCCUGGGCCUAAGGGUGAUAAAGGUGAACCAGGAAUACAGGGGAAACCAGGAUCGUCAGGAGCCAAGGGAGAACUAGGAGUACCAGGGGCUCCAGGUGAACCAGGCUACCCAGGUAUUCCAGGUAUCCAGGGAUUAAAGGGCGACAAAGGAAAUCAAGGUGACAYUGGUACCCAGGGUCUGAAAGGAGAAAAGGGAAGACAAGGAAAUCCAGGCUUACAGGGAGUAGAAGGAUUGAGUGGAGAACGAGGAGAGAAAGGUGAGAAAGGAGAUCCAGGCAUUCAAGGCAUCAGUGGACAGAAAGGAGAAUCUGGUAUCCAGGGUUUGAUUGGACCUCCUGGUCUCAGAGGUCAGCCUGGUGAUAGAGGACCCCCAGGACCACCUGGAUCAGAUGGAAAACCUGCACGAGAAUUUUCAGAAGAAUUUAUUCGACACGUGUGUUCAGAUGUACUGAGAACCCAGUUGCCUGCCAUUCUCCAGAGUGGAAGACUGCAAAACUGUAACCACUGUCASUCCCAAAGUUCUCACCCAGGACUUCCAGGACCACCAGGUCCAAGAGGCCCUGAAGGCCCGAGAGGGUUUCCUGGUUUACCAGGGAAUGAUGGCAUUCCAGGGCUGAUGGGCAUCCCAGGUCGCCCUGGGGCUCSUGGGACAAGAGGACUGCCAGGGAAAAAUGGUGCAAAAGGCAAUCAAGGAGUUGGGGUUCCUGGGAUCCAAGGCCCCCCAGGACCUCCAGGUCCUGAAGGUCCACCAGGGAUGAGUAUGGAAGGACGUCCUGGAGAGCGUGGGCAGCCUGGUAAAGAUGGAGAUCGUGGCACUCCAGGAAUGCCAGGACCAGUUGGACCCCCUGGAAUUUGUGACCCAUCACUGUGUUUUAGUGUAAUUGUGGGGAGAGAUCCAUUUAGAAAAGGACCAAAUUAUUAAUUUGUAAUAUGAUAAUUUAGGGGAAUAAUACGGUGCUUAUCUUUCAUGGUCUUUCAAAUCUCAGGAAGGUGACCAGCAAUAAUCCCAAAGAAGGAACAAAAKUACCUCUAGCAUUAAAAGCAUUAUAAAUAAUGAUCCCAAAGGUGAUACAUUCAUUUAGACAAGAAAUCCAGAACUCCAAUCACUUUCUAUUAUACCUUGCACUGGUUGAAUCUUAAGUGUUUAAAAAGAUUAUCUGUUUUAAUARAAAUAAAAUUAAUAUUUGAUAUUUAGUAUUUAACUGUCCUGUCAUUCUCCUUUUACCUCUUUUUUGUAGAAGGAAAUCAUUUGCAAAAUUGCUGGAAACACCACUGGGAACAGAAUUAGGUGUUAAAUGGCAUUGGUCAGGUACAA